AUGUACUUUACCUCCCUCAAAGGAUCCAUCGGAUAUGUCCUCGGCCAACAUGACGAGAAUAGUAGGAAGGAACACGCAAUAUACUACUUAAGCAAGAAGUUCACCGAUUGCGAGAGUAGGUAUUCAAUCCUUCAAAAUACUUGUUAUGCACUAGCUUGGGUUGCCAAACUCUUAAGACAAUACAUGCUCACUCAUACGGCAUUGUUAAUCUCUAAGAUGGAUCCUGUCAAAUACUUCUUUGAGAAGCUUGCUAUAACCUGUAGAGUAGCCAGUUGGCAAAUGGCUUUGACCGAGUACGACUACCAGUAUAUGCGCUUUGUAUUCCCCGACGAGGACAUCGUGCUAAUCAGAGAUUGCAACAUUCCUGGCCCUGAGGAAGGACCCGAACCUGGAUCCCAAUGGACCUUGGUAUUUGAUGAAACUUCUAACGCUCAUGGCAAUUGCAUUGGGGCAUUCAUCACCUCCCCAACUGGUUUCCACCUCCCCUUCACUGCAAGGUUGUUUUUCAAAUGUACAAACAAUAUGGCGGAGUAUGUGGCUUGUAUAUUCGACAUUAAAGCUGCAAUUGAUCUUAGGAUAAAAAUUCUUGAAGUAUAUGGAGAUUCAUCCUUGGUUAUCAACCAAUUCAAAGUAGAUUGGGACACUAGAGAUCACAAGCUCAUCCCUUACAAGGAGCAUGUCCUAAAAAUGAUCCUUUACUUUGACAAAAUCACAUUCAAUCACAUUCCUAGAGAAGAGAAUCAAAUGCGCCAACACCUUGGCAACUUUUUCAUCAAUGUUUAA